UUCAGGCUCUAAACCAUAAGAGCAAUUUAAUACACAAAUAAUGGGCCAACAGAUAUUGCCACUCAUUUUCCUUAGCUGAGUAGUUUAAAAAGUUACUUCUUUCAUGUGGUCGACAUGUUUAGUAGAAGGGACUAUCCCCCACGAUUCUAUGUAUGUCCAUGCUUUCGUAUGAAAAUUAAAAUUUUAGUGAGUAGGGAGGAUAAACUUAACAUCAUAUAUAAUCGUUUGUAGUUAAAGAAAAGUGAUUCAGUAAUGAAGUUUAUACUUUCAUCUGUCGCAUCGUGUUCUAAUCGUAUUGGAUAUAUUAAGGAUAUUGAACGGCUACCAGGUCUAAUGUUGGAAACACCAAUGUUGUUGUUAUAUGCAAAGGGUGGAAGCAUACCGCAUUUAACCUAUGAAGUGUUACAGAUGGUCACCAAAGACAAACAACCUCUGCACAUACCAAUUUCAACUGUCGCACAUUGUCAUGAAGCAGUUACUGCUUUUAGAAAGGGCAUUGCAGACUUCACUGGGCUCAAAGAAUAUUUUACAUUCUGCAGUAUACAUGACCCAGCAGUUGCAACUCCUUAUGGAUUUAAUGAUAAAAACACAAUAUCAAUAUGGCCUCGAAAUGGAAGGAAGCAGCUGGACCCUGACAAGUACAUGGACAUGAUAGAAGCCUUUCAGCCUGAUAUGUAUCAAGCUUUAUGUGAUGGUGAUACAGACCUCAAAAGCAGCAAGAAGAGGAUUCAUAAGUCAAUUGACAAAUCACUCAUGUUCUUUGAGAAAUGUCUUGAGAGACAUGAGAAAUCGGAGGUUCUGAAAAAAAGUGCAAUCUUAGGAGUAGUAGAGGGAGGGUAUAGUAUUGAAGGAAGAGAAAAGUCUGCAAAGUAUCUUGCAGAUUUCCCAGUCUUUGGCUAUGUUAUUGAUGGACUCCAUAAGAAUGGCCCUGAUGUGGAAAACUUAACCUUUGAAGAUGUCAGGGAAAUUCUAGAAGAAAGUUUGAAACAUUUGCCAAAUGAAAAGUUUCGCAUUCUGCAUGGUUGUUGGAACCCAGGGACAGUGUUGAGUAUGGUGGAACUGGGGAUUGAUGCCUUUGAUAGUUCAUAUCCAUACACAGUGACUGAGAGAGGAGGGGCAUUGAUAUUCCAGAAUUGUAUAAAUAAUUUAAACAUUCCCAGUUCUGCUACUGAUGCUUUAAAUGCAGCAGAACCAGUGACUGAUAUAGAGUUGAAGCCAGAAACAAGUAUAAGUGCACAAUCAUCAUCUGAACCUCCAGAGAAGAAGAAAAUAAGUACACAGGAAGCUUCACAUGCUGAAGAGGAUAAAUAUGUUGUAUCAAAAACACAGGGGCAUACUACCGAAUCACAAAGUUCCAGAUUGAAUAAAAUAUACGAAUUGUCUCUGUUAGAUGAAAAGUAUGCUGAAGACUUCACUCCACUGAGCAGAUCAUGCAGCUGUCUGACAUGUCAAAAGCACACACGGGCCUACAUACACCACCUUCUACAGACACAUGAAUUACUUGGACCAGUACUGCUCACCAUACACAAUCUUCAUCAUUACAUGGAGUUUUUUAAGAGUAUAAGAGAAGCAAUAAAGUCAAAUUCAUUGGAAAGCUUGAAAAGGUGUGUGAAUGAGAGAAACGAUGUGUCAUAAGUUCAGCUGCCAGCUCUAGUUAAAUGAAACAUCAUCAUGACCAACAGAUUGUACUGAGUAGGGAUGAAAUUAAUUUUUAGUAUAAAAAAACAAACAAAUGCAAAUACAAAACCAAGACCAUAGGUAAGAUUUGACGGUAACAACUCUGCAAGGAAAGUGAUGAAAUUAAAGGACAUCAUAAUAAAUGUGUAUGUUACAUAAAGAUGACUAUAGGACUGUUUUGAGAGUUUAAAAAUGACCAUUAGGAACACCUAGAACAUGAUGGAUAGACCAAGUGAGGGAAGAGAUAAAACUCAAGACAGAAGGAGAGGAGAGGACAUAUACAAGAGGAGUUGUUAUGGUAACAGAAGAAUGGAGAAAGCUGUGUUACAGGAUGACCCAUCCUCAUGGACUGCUCAGAGUUUUUCCAUGUCUAAUAGGAUUUCAACAGAUGGACCAGAUUUGUUAAUUUGCCAUAUGUAAAAUGUAAUGCUGUGAUUUAUUUAGAUACAGAACAUGGUGUUCAUUUGGUUUGUUUACUGUGAGUUAAAUGAGCCUAGGCAAUGGUGAAAUAUUGUGCUAAAUGCUGCAGAAGAACAUCUGUAUUGUGAAUGUCAUUCAUUACCACAAACUCUGUAUCUCUAUAAUCCUUCUCCUUGGACUAACUGGUUUCAAAUCACAAAAUUGAUAAUUUUUAAAAUGUGUAUGAUUAUGCAAUAUGUUAUGAACAGGAUACAAAAUAAAUGCUUACACUUUUUUAUUU